AUACUGCUCUACACCUCCUCUCCGGCCGGCCAGCACAAAGCGCAGCUCUCCUCAUCAAGCUAUUUAUUCUCCCAAACAUAAGGUGCAGGUGCAGGUGAUCAUAUGAACUCCAUGGAAUCAUGCGUGCCCCCGGGUUUCAGGUUCCACCCCACCGACGAGGAGCUCGUCGGCUACUACCUCAGGAAGAAGGUGGCCGCCCAGAAGAUCGACCUCCACGUCAUACGCGACAUCGACCUCUACCGCAUCGAGCCAUGGGAUCUCCAAGGGCAUUGCGGGAUCGGGUACGAGGAGCAAAACGAGUGGUACUUCUUCAGCUACAAGGACCGCAAGUACCCCACGGGGACGCGGACCAACCGGGCCACCAUGGCCGGCUUCUGGAAGGCCACGGGCAGGGACAAGGCGGUGCACGACAAGAGCCGCAUCAUCGGCAUGAGGAAGACGCUCGUCUUCUACAAGGGGAGGGCCCCCAACGGCCACAAGACCGACUGGAUCAUGCACGAGUACCGCCUCGAGACCGACGAGAAUGCGCCGCCGCAGGAAGAAGGCUGGGUGGUGUGCCGAGCGUUCAAGAAGAGAACAGCGUACCCGGCAAGGAUGGCAUGGGGGGACCCCAGCUACGCCUACCGCGAGAUCAGCGCCAUGGGCGCGGCGGCGGCGGCGUUCGUGGACCCUAACGCGGCGUCGUACGCGCAGAUCAGACGCCAGCAGUCCAACAAGAGCGCGCGCUUCAAGCAGGAGGCCGAGCUGGACGGCGGCGCCGCCGCCGCGCUGCUGCAGUACUCCUCCAGCCACCUGGUCGAGCUGCCGCAGCUCGAGAGCCCGUCGGCGCCGGCCAACAAGAGCCAGGCGGCGUCAGCCUCUGAUGAGGUUGUGGACGCCGCCGACAGCGGCCGGCGGCCGGGCAAGAAGGCGCGGGCUGAUGAAGUGGCCACGGACUGGAGGGCGCUCGACAAGUUCGUCGCGUCGCAGCUCAGCCCCGCGGCGGAGUGCGGCUUGGAGGCGGCGGCAGCGUCGUCGACGGCCGCCGCCAGCAACGUGGGCUCCCAGCUGGACCACGUUGAGGAUGAUGACAUGGCGGCAUUGCUGUUCCUCAACAGCGACGGGAGAGACGAGGCGGAGAGGUGGACGGGGCUGCUCGGCCCGGCCGCCGGGGACGACGGCGACUUUGGACUGUGUGUGUUCGACAAAUGAGUGGCGGGCGCGGACGGCCGGCGCGCCGCCCGCGUGCAUGGUGUGGCGCGGAGGGAUGCAUGCAUGCAUGCGUACAUGGGAUGGUGCGUGUCAUAUAUUAUGUGGUUAUAGCUGAAAGUUGGUCUCUCUUUUAUUUUUUUUCCUUGACUACUUUCCCUUUGUAUGUUUGCCAACAAAUGUGAUUGUAAUUUUCAUCUGUCUCUGUGCAGAGUCAUAAGAUGCAUGCCAUUCCGGCAGAUGUGUUAAUUCUUUC